GUUCGUUGCGUGUCGAGUGCUAAAGGAGGCAGCUGGUCAACAAGCGCGCUGUGCCGCCAAUUCCGAAUUAAUUAAAUCACUUUAAUUGAAAACACAGCGAAUCCGCAUCAGGUGCCAAAGGCCCAAAAGAGCUCUAACAAUUCGUCAGUUGUUCGUUCGCUGGUCGCACGGGUGUCGCGAGGCGAGUGUGGGUCAAGUGUAUGUGUGUGAGUGUCUGCUACACAACGUUGCAAAAAAUUUAUGACCAAAGCGGCAUUAAUAUCACAGAUACGCGGCUCGUUUCAACAUCAUUUCGCUGUGUGAAAGAACUCCAAAAAUUGGGUCUCGCUUGCAAAACGAAAGCAAAAGAAAAAAAAUCAACGGGUAUACAUUUCGUUGUCGUCGCCGUCGCAGUCGCCGUUCUCGUCGUCGUCGUUGUGACUGCGGGCGCCGCUGCCCCAUUCGAAUUGUGUGUGUUGUCCUACAGCACAAACACACACACACAUAACGCACACACACGUACACGGCAAUUGUGUUUACUGUAGAGUGGCCGCUGCCUCGGCCUGCGUCAUUCAAAAAUUCACAUACAUAUGUACGAUACAUAUACUAGAUCUGUGCGUGUAACCUGUGUCUGUGUCUAUAUGUGUCUGCAUGCAUAUGAAUGUAUGUAAAUUACGUGCAUGUAAAAUGCGAUUGGAAUUUUGUCAACGCAACGCCCGCAUCUAAAUUAGCAACAUUAACAGCAACAGUGACAGCAACAACAUCCACAGCAGGAGCGAGCAGAACAACAACAAUAAGCCAUUUAUUUGCGUCUCAGCACUGCUGAAUGUGUGUGACGUGCGAAGGAAAUAAAAGGCAGAAGAAGGCAUAACAAGAAAAAUCAAUAGGAAUCUGUCGUAGUCGAGUCGAGUCGAGUGAAGUGCAGCGCAAAAUUUCCCUUUGUGCCAAAAAGUAGCCAGAGAGUGGCGAGUAAUGUGUAAUGGAGACCUUUUUGCCAGCGACGGCAACAUGAUGUGAAACAUGGCAAUCGAAUCAGCCAAAGCCAUUUAGAGUCAUCAAUUGGCGGGGUCGCGACCACCGCCGUGUGGCAAGGACGCAGCGGGACAAAUGCACAGCAUGGUGGCAGCAAAAUGUAGAAGCAGCAACAGCAACAGCAGUUGGAUCUGGAGCUGGAGCUGUUGGAGGAGCAGGAGCAGAAGCAGAAGUAGAGGAGUGCGAAUGCCAGCCUGGUGGCAGCUGUUGUGGGCCUUGUGCUUCGCCUGCCUCAUCGGCUGGGUGUGGGGCGAUGACUGGUCACAGAGCUGCGCUUCGAACUGCACCUGCAAGUGGACCAAUGGCAAAAAGUCGGCCAUCUGCAGUUCGCUGCAAUUGACCAGCAUACCGACAACGCUGAGCACUGAGCUACAGGUGCUGGUCCUCAAUGAUAAUCACAUACCAUAUCUGAAUCGAGAGGAGUUCUCGGCAUUGGGUCUGCUCAAUUUGCAGCGCAUUUAUUUAAAGAAAUCCGAGGUCCAAUACAUACACAAGGAGAGCUUUCGCAAUUUAAAGAUUCUCGUCGAAAUUGAUCUGUCCGACAACAAGCUGGAGAUGCUCGACAAGGACACGUUCAUGGGCAACGAUCGUCUGCGCAUUCUCUAUCUCAAUGGCAACCCACUCAAACGUCUCUCGGCGUAUCAAUUUCCCAUCUUGCCACAUCUGCGCACUCUCGACAUGCACGAUUGUUUGAUCUCCUCGAUUGAUGCCAUGUCGCUGGCCAAUCUCAAUCAGCUGGAGUUUCUCAAUCUCAAGAACAAUCUUCUUGAGAGCCUCAGCGAAUAUGUGUUCCAGCACAUGACCAAUCUAAAGACACUCUCCCUGGAGGAGAAUCCCUGGCAAUGCAAUUGCAAACUGCGCAAAUUUCGCACCUGGUAUGUGAGCAGUCGCCUCAGUUCGGUGAGUCUCGUGUGCAAGGGUCCGCCAUCGCAAAAGGAUCGCACCUGGGACAGCGUAGAUGAGGAGUUGUUCGGUUGUCAGCCGCGUGUGGAGAUCUUCAACAACGAGGAGGCGACCAACAUUGACAUCGGCAGCAACACAACCUUUAGUUGUCUGGUCUAUGGAGAUCCGCUGCCCGAAGUGAGUUGGGAGCUGAACGGGAAGAUACUCGACAAUGAUAAUGUGCUCUUCGAUGCGGAGAGCAUCACAUCGGACAAGAUGUGGAGCAAUCUUACCGUGUUCAAUGUGAGCAGUCUCGAUGCUGGCACUUAUGCUUGCACUGGCAGCAAUCUUGUGGGUUCGAUGACACAGAACAUUAGCAUUUACCUCAGCGAAAUUGUGCAGCAUGUGUUGGUCAAGACACCGGAGACGUUUUGGUACUUUGGCUUGAUCAUGGGCAUCUUUGGCACCGUCUUUCUGCUCAUUGCCAUCUCGUUUGUGGUGUGUUUGUGCAAGCGCACAACGAGACAGCAUCGACAUGCCAACAAGGCGGGCGUCAAGUCGAGCGUCAGCUUCAACGAUCAGGAGAAGAAGCUGCUCGACUCGAGUGUGACGACAACAACCAACGAUCGCGGCGAUAGCUAUGGCAUCGACAACAAUCCCAGCUCGAUUAACAAAACGGAUUCAUCGCUGGGCUUCAAUCAGAUCGAAAUACAUGCGGUGGAGAAUCAUCGCUCUGGCUUAGGCCUGGCCAUGAGUCAGCAUCAACAGCAUCAGCAACAUCAGCAGCAGCAACAGCAGCAACAACAACAACAGCAGCAGCAACAAGCUGGCAACAAUCAGGCGGCAGCUGCGCAGCAUAUGCGACAACAGCUGAUGACUGUCAAGGAUCCCACCUGUGGCCUAAUCAGCGUGCCCACCUCGAUGGCUGGCUACCAGCAUCAGCAUCAGCAUCAGCUGCAACAUUCCCAUGCGCAUCCCCAUCAGCUGCAGCACUCGCAUUCGCAUCAACAUCCCGGACAACUGUCCGAGGAGUUCCCCCUGAACGUGGGCGUCUUUCCACCGCCGCCGGAGUUCUGCUCCAACAUUGUGCCGAACCCGAGUUUUGGCAACAUUUUCAUACGCGUCUCGGUGACGCAAGACAUGUUGGAUGGCGCCGACAUCAACAUGUAUCCCGAUCUGCUGAAUAUACCCAAGCGACUGCAGGAUGUGCAGUGUACAGCUGGCGGCGAUGCUGCCGCCGGAGCGGGCAACUCCUCCACCUCGGGCGAUGGCCAAACUGUGGCACAGUUUGCCACCUUGCCGCGCCACACCACACGUCGUGGCAUACUCAAAAAAGAUCCCUCACUGCAGCAGGCAGCAGCCGCGGCAGCAGCAGCGAAUCUCUAUCCACACGACGAGAUUGUCACCUACAACAUGGAGACGGGUGGCUACCACAGUGGAGCCGGUGGCAUGGAGCUGCCGCCCCCUCCACCACCGCCCGCUGUCACUGCGGUGGUGCAGUGUCAUCAUCCCACAACAGCGGCGCCCGUCUCGUCAGCGAAUUGCGCCAGCUGCAUCAACAAUGCGCCAUCCUCCUCCGCCUGCAGCACGCCACCGAUUGUGGAGGCGACGCCACUGCGACCGCUGUGCAAGAGCAGCACUGGCGGCGGCGUUGGCGGCGGUGGCGUCGACAGCUCCGCCUAUCCCAAGUACGACAACAUGGGCAGACGCAUCACGGCCAGCGGUGGCCUGGGCAACUCCACGUUGUCGCUGCCCGAUGAGAACGAGACGCUGUUCAACGAGUCGGAGGAGCAAACGCAUCAGCCAUCAACUGAAGACGAAUCCUCGCCAGAUCACGAGCUGCAGACGACGGAGCCAGCGCCUGGAGUGGACAAAGGAGGUGGCGGCGGCGCUGGAGAGUUUGUGUCCCUCUAGUAUUACGGCACGCAGGUGUAAAUAGCGAGAAAGAGAGAGAGAGAGAGUAGCGCCACCUGCCGGUCAAUAGAUUGUGCUACCCAAUCAACCCAAUAAUAAAGCAAAGCGAAGUUAGAUAGAAGAAGGGAUAAAGAGAAGAGAAUGAGAAAGACGUCCCCAAUUUGGCAAUCCUUUUGUUCAUAUCAUGUACUAGAUAAAAGGGAACUCAAUAAAUUGUGUUCUUGCAAACCUGACACAAUCUAUUGACUGCCGAGAUCCAAGAGCAAUUUAUGCAGCAUUAGAAAAACCUAUCCCCAGACAAAUGAGAAUAUGAGAAUGUUAUGUUAACACACAAAAAAAAAUGCAGCAAGGAUUAUUAAUGAUGAUUUUAUUCAACUCUUAUGCUCAUAAGUAUUUUGUAGAUUAAUUAGUGGUAUAAUCGUACAUAGCAAAAAAAUCCAUGGUAUCCCAAUUCCUAAACUCACAACCACAUGCUAAAUCAAAAAGAAAUAUAUAGAUAUAUAGUAGUUGUCUAAUUUUGGUAAAUGGUAAAUGUUUAUAAUAUUGCCUAGCGGUACUCAUCACUCACACACAAUUCUAGACCAAAAUCUAUUCUCCAUAAGGUGUACAAAAACAAAGAACCUUUUUGGUUUUUGGUUAGACGAUUAGCUUUCGACAUUAAAGUAGCGAAACACACAUUUGCUCAUUGUAUAAUCCCCUCUGUAGCCAGUCUUAAGCAUAUAUAUAUAUCUAUAUAUAGUACUUGUAGAGAUUCCAAGUAUUCUACCUGAUAUAUUAAAACAACUAUUUUCCAAAUAUACAAAAUCAAAAAAAAAUACAUGCAUGUAUAUUAUAAGUAUAUAUACUUUUUAGCCCAGAUAUAGCAUUUGAUGAGGAAGAAAUAUUAUUAUUUUAGUUAUAGCUUAAUUACUCGAAUCCUCCUCAAUAUCUACUAUAUAUAGUAAUCUCUGUAAAUAUGUGUGAAUAGAACGGAAUUUUAAAAUCAAAAUUGUUUUAAAGCCCAGCUCAAUAUCAAAACAAAAUAACUGAAUGCCAAACAACUUUUGUCGUGCCAAAUAUUUUAAACUAAAUACAAGUAUAUUAUUAUAUUUUAAAAUUGUUGAACAUACUCUUAAAGAAACCAAUUGCAAUUGUUAUUCCCUUCGGGGGGAUUUGCUUUGAAUUUACCAAGCUGCUCACAUUAGAUAUACAUAGAGACAUAGAGACAACAAAAAUCUUCCAGAAAACAUGUGUCUGCAUCAGAAAACUUGUUAAUUUUUGUCGGUUAAUUUUGCAUAAUCUAUUUGGUUCUGCAUUCUGAUUAAUAUUUUCCACUCAGUUCUGUCAAUUACCUUGGGGCAACCUUUUACAAAUGACUUUGACUCUGCGUGAAGAGUUGGUUGAAAUGAUAGCAUGAAUUAAAUCAUCCUAUGAGAGCUAAAUACCGAAUAAAUUAAUCACGCAACACUUUCUGCCCCCAAUCCCCAAAAAACUGUUUCAGUUUUGAAUAUAAAUUGAUGUAAAAACAAUAAACAUGUGGCAAAAAUAAUAGAUGCUGAUAAUGAUUGAGGAAAGUGUAGAAGAGUAGAGGAAAGUGCGGUUGGCAAUUGUUUGAUUAUUCGGGCGUAUGAAAAUUUUACCUAAUUAUAAUAAAAUAUGUAUAUGUACUUAUGUAAAUGUAUAUGUAUAUGUAUAUGUAUGUGGGUUUAACGGCAGAAUCAGAUUUAGCGUAAAUCAUAUAUAUAGUAUAUGUAUGAUAUAAAGUGUAAUGUAUAAUCGCGUAUACAGUAGAGGGCAACACACACACACAUACGCGUGUGUAUGUGUGUGUGUGUAGGUUAACCCCAUACUAUGUCUAAGCCUACAGAAUGCAGCAAAUAAAACUUUUGUGUAGAAUGUUUACAACUCGAGCUUGAUAAUGUAAAUGUAAAUUAUAAAUUUAUAAUAUGUAAGUACAUGCAUAAAUACGGUUAACAGUACAUAAAUCCAUUUGCAUACCCGUAUAUACAUACAUAUGUGUAUAUCUAUAUUUAUGUAUGACUAAUUGUAAAAUACAUAUGCGGAUUUAAAUGUUCUCGGAACUUGCUGCAGACCUAUUUGCGAUUUGCGAAAGUUACAUCCAUAAAUAAAUAAAUGACAAAUAUACACACACACAUAUAUACACACUAGUAUAUGCUACUUAUAUACAUACACAUAUAUAUAUAUAGAGUAUAAAUUAUAAUACACAACAAAAAGAAAAUGAACAAAAUGAACGAAUUAAGAACAAGCAAAUACGAUUACGAUUACAAACAAACAAAUAUUUACACACACACACACUCACAUACAGAGACACGCCCACUUUUUUGAUAUUUUGUGGGCAAACGCUCAAAGGGAUUUUGUUUUUUGAUAUCAAAACGCAUCGCAUAGCAUAUGACAAACAUUCAUAUGUAAUUCAAUUGCACGUUAUACAAACAACAACAACAAUAAUGACAACAAAAUAACACAAUGCAAACAAGAAACAAAAGCAAAAAACAAAAAUACGAGAGAUAAUGAAAAUGAUAUGAAAAAAGUAUAAAAAAAACGAAAAAAAAACCGAAACAAUAGCGAUAAAUGUCAGUAAAUAGUGAAUUUUUUCCUUCAGAUCUCAUAGUUCUCCAAAGUUUAUACGUAUACUUAAUGCCUAGAUGCUGCACGAUAGAAAUAAGCUGAGUGUAUACAUAGAGUUGACAAUUGGAUUGCGAAUUACUUAGGUUCAUUUCGAUAAUUUCGAUAAUAUAUACAUAAUAAGCAUUGAAACAUAAUCGUACAAUCUUACAUUGAUCAAUUUUCAUCUUUAUUGUUUUAUCUCAUGAGUUUUGCUUAGGCAUGGAACUGAAAUUCAGAUAAAACUAGGAAAAAAACACGAAGAGAAAACCUUUUUGCGUAUGUGCUUUCGUAUACAAUGUACAUAUAUACAUACAUAUAUUUACACCUGCAUCCAGCAUUCAUAGCGAAAAACCCAAUUAAACGAAACUACAAAUAACUCAACAGAGCUGCAAAGCUUUGUAAUUCCUUUUUAAAUAAUUUUAACUAAUUAAAAAGUGAUGGAAACCGCCAGAAAACAAAACGAGAAACGCGAGCAUUCAAACUAUGCUUUUAAAAUACACUCACACUCACACUCACACUCACACUCAUGCACUCACAUUCAUACACUCAUACACUCAAAUUCACACUCAGUCAGGAGUCACACACAGUUAGGGAGAAGGACAGGACAGAUUAAAUACGCAAAGGCAGCGUGUAGCGAUUGUAACAAAUAUAAUUUUAAUUACUGUGCUUAGUAUGCUGCCUGCCACACAUGCCACAUGCCGCAUGCUGCAUGCUGCACACAAAGCCGGAUAGGCACAUUGGAAGCCAAUGAUGUACACACCAAAAUAAGAGAGAAAAAAAACCGUAUCUACAUAUAUUAAAUAAAUGCAUCCAAUUACAUAAACAACAUGCAGCAGUGAAGGGCAAAGCACAAGAAUCUACAAAAUAGAAAUAAAUAUAGAAAAAGGCAAAUGGCAAUGGAUGGAAAUGCGAAUACAAAUGAAAAACCUUGUUCAGAUGAUGUAAUGCAUAUGCAAAAGAAAACAACAACACAUACGAGUAGAGGGGGAGAAAACAAUAUUGUCGAACAAUUUUUAACUUAACAAAUGCAUGUCGAUUGCCUGCCUUUGCCAGCCUGUAAAUUGUGUAAUGCGAGUAUGUAAAAGCGAACCCUGGGUGUAAUAUUAAAAAGAAGGACAUGCUCACAUCUCUAAACUGGCUUCGAUGAUUUUUUGGCAUUUUGCAUAUUUCACUUUAACACUUUACACACACACAAAGGGCAAGCAUGCUUGGAUUUUUGCAUAUUGAUACCGAGAAUUUGAGAAUUAGCCAAAUUUACAAUUAAAAACAAUUUACAAAAGCCUCUCACAAUCUGCCCCAUAACUCGAAAUGAAAUGUGAAACGAAUAAAUUAAAGCAUUCAUAAAACACACACACACACAGACUCAUACACACACUCAUAUACAUUUGUCUAGAAAGAAAGAGAGAGAGAGAGAAUGCAUCUGGAGAAAGAUUCGCACUAUACCCGAAAAAUACAUGAUAAUAUAGCAUUAUUAUUCUUUGGUAUAGAUUGUCAAGCUUUACUACACACUAUAUUAACAUAGAUGAAGAUAAUAACAAUGAUGAACACAAUGAAUGAAAUAUAAAAUAAAUUGAAUGAAAAACUAAAACACUCGCCAGAGUUUUCGUUUGCCCUUUUGUCUGGGAUUUAUGGGCGCACGUCGCGUAUACGCAACGCAAUUUAUUUAUUAUGUAUACGCAAUAAAAAUUAUGCGAAACAAAAGAAGCCAUAAAGCCGGGCAUAAUUAUUGGCGUAUGUUUGCAGAUCCUUCGAUGACAUAUUGAUGCGUUGUCCUCUGUUUGUUUUUCCAAUUGAGAUUGCAACUUCGACUGCGACGGCGACUUUAUCC